GCAAUUGUACUUUGUUUUCGAUUGCACUUCACAAAAGAUAAUAUCACAAAUAACACUGCAGCAGCCACAGUGCGGCAAGUAGUUACAGUUGUGUUUGAGAGAGUUGUUGCUGAAGAUGAACGAUACAAAGAUACUAUUGACCGACCAGUUGCAGUUCAAGGAAAUAGUAACAGAAGAUCUGUCAGUACACUGAAGCCAUGUGCUAAAGAUGCAUAUAUGCUUUUUCAGGAUCUUUGUCAGUUAGUUAAUGCUGAUGCUCCCUACUGGCUCGUGGGAAUGACAGAAAUGACCCGGACAUUUGGCCUUGAGCUUCUUGAGUCAGUCCUCAAUGACUUCCCACAAGUGUUUUUACAAGUAACAGAAUGUGAAAUCUUUCUGUCAUUGCUGGUUAAGUUUCUGGAUGCAGACAAACCACAGUGGCUAAGAGCUGUUGCAGUAGAAUCUAUUCACAGGCUUUGUGUACAGCCUCAGCUAUUAAGGUCUUUUUGUCAAUCAUAUGAUAUGAAGCAACAUUCCACUAAAGUUUUUCGUGAUAUUGUGAAUGCGCUGGGUUCCUUCAUCCAGUCACUUUUUCUUGUACCAAGCGCAGGGAACACGUCAGUGACACCAAACCAAACUGGAAGCAAUGCAUCGGGGAAUACUGGCUCAGCACAAACUAACCCAGGAGUGCUUGGAAUGGGAGGAGGUGCAACUGUAUUACCUGCCUUUGAGUACAGAGGCACUUGGAUACCUAUCCUGAAUGUAACAGUACAAGGCAGUGCUAAAGCUACCUA